AUGGGUUCCAAGUCGACCGGACCACCGUUAAUCAUCACGCCGAAUCUCUUCGGGACUGUCGAGCCAGCAGUCUAUAGAUCCGCCAGUCCAACAGCAGCUCAGGUCCCUUUCCUCGCCAGCUUGUCCCUGAAGACAAUCAUCUCCUUGACCGCCGAACACCCUAUCAAGCCCCUCUUACAAUUCGUCAAAGCGUCAAACGUCAACUUCGUUCAUCUCGGUGUCAGCCUUUGGUUCCCACUGACUGAUUGGAAGCCUAUCCGAGAUGAAGUUGUCAAAGCUGCGUUGGAGAUGAUACUGGACACGAGAAAUCAUCCGAUCCUCCUUAUUGACCCAUUCGGCAUCCAUCAAGUGGGUUGUGUAGUCGGAGCUUUGCGACAGAUGCAAGGAUGGAAUUUUGCUUCUAUCCGCUUAGAAUAUCGCACUUUCUCUGGACCGACAAAGUAUCGUUAUGCCGAUGAGCAGUAUAUAGAGCUAUUCGACCCUGAUCUUAUCAACUUACCACCAUUUGAGCGAUUGCCUCAAUGGUUCGUCCCGCAGUAUACGGCGCAGAGCAUAGAGCUGUGA